GGAGGGGGGUGGAGAACACCCCUAGCGCACACAGUACGGCAGGUUGCUGCUGCUGCAGUAGCAACAGGGAAACCGCUGAAAAGUCCGCCGCACAUGACAUGAGAGGGAAGGAAGCCGAGUUGCUCUGCCCGUAGCCUGGAGGAGAGGCAGGCCAGCGCUUUGAUUGCUCGGAGAGGGCGGGCGGCUGCGCGCACUGCGGGACCCGCUGCUCGAAGGGAAGCGAUUCCCUCGUCCUGUCCAGUCUUUCCACACACAGGGAGGAGGGGGUGUUUGUGUCUUUCCUCCCUCCCGGUGUCCAACGGAGGAAGACAGCGGAGCGGACGUUUUCUGCUUGCCGCCCCCCUCUCCAAAGAGUUGGAGCUGGGGGAUUCAAGCCCCUUACUCUUCCCUCCCCGCUACCCCGAGGGGCUCGGCGCAGGCGGCUGCAAGGAGGGGAUCUGGGUGGCCCUCGCCCGCUUGCCUUCCCUCCCCUCCGCUUCCUUGACAAAAGGAGCGACGGAGGCGGCGUCUGAGCGUCCGCGGCGGGGCGGGGGGCAGCAGCAGCAACACCGCCCCGUUGAGUUGUACUUUACUUUCGAGGCAUCCGCUGCCGACGGAGAAAGUCCGCAGCCCGGGCGGAGGUAGGCGAUGAACGGCUUCGGCCCCGACGAAGUGACCCGCGGCGGGGGAGAAGCUGCUGCCGUCCCGGCCGUGGUGGCCAACGCCGCCGCCGCCGUGGAAGUCCUGCCGCCGCCGCCGCCUCUCCCGCAGCCGCCGGCCGGCCUCGGAGCUGCUUCGUCCGCCGCUGCGGCCACGGCGGCGGGUUCGGCCGGACCUCCUGGCGCGGCGGGCCCUGGCGCGGGACAGCUGUGCUGCCUGCGGGAGGAAGGCGAGAGGUGUAGCCGAGCCGCGGGCAACGCCAGCUUCAGCAAGCGCAUCCAGAAGAGCAUCUCGCAGAAGAAGGUGAAGAUCGAGCUGGACAAGAGCGCAAGGCAUCUUUACAUCUGUGAUUUCCACAAAAACUUAAUUCAAAGUGUCCGAAACAGAAGAAAGAGAAAAGGCAGCGAUGAUGAUGGUGACUCGCCAGUGCAAGAUGUUGACGCUCCGGAGGUUGAUCUGUUUCAGUUGCAAGUAAACACACUAAGAAGAUACAAAAGGCACUUCAAAUUACAGACCAGACCGGGACUUAACAAAGCACAGCUUGUUGAAAUAAUUGGGUGUCAUUUUCGGACGAUUCCGGUGAAUGAAAAAGACACUGUGGCCUAUUUCAUCUACUCUGUGAAGAACGAUAAGAACAAAUCUGAUCUAAAAAUGGACAGUGGUGUUCACUAAAUAAGCAAACUUGAAACUCGGCAGGUGUAAAGACUGUUUUGGAUUAGCUGAAGAUUUCUUUGUAACUGGUAUUCAGGUGGAGAAUUCUGAUAUUUUUCUUGGGAAAAAUACUGCUCACAAAUGAUAUUUCCAUGGUAAAAAUAUUUUAAAUAAAUACUAUUGGUGUUGCUGCACCUUCAUGUGUA